UUUUAAAUUCAUAAUAUCAAUAUAUUCAACAUAAAUUUUGGAUCUUCUAAAGCCUAAGUACUACCAACAAAAAAAAACAUUCAUUUUAAAAAAAUCCACUAUGCAAACCAACCUAGAAUAACCAUGACCCAAUUUAUGGAUUAUAUAUUUUCUCGUAUGGAUAGGGGGGAAAAAGUUGGAAGUGGUAAAGCCCACCACCAUCCCUCAAAACUCAAAUGCCAGAUUUGGGCUUUUUUCUUCUUCUCCUUCUCUCUACCUGCUUUCAGUCAUCCAUCGGGUCCUCUCCUCCCCCGUCUCUUCUUCACCUCUCUCUCUUCCCCAAUUCCAUUCUUCCUCCCUCAUCGCAAACCCUAACCCUAGCACCUUUCCCCAGAAAAAUUUCCGCUUUCCUCGCACGAUUCGCUAUUCUACCUUUCCUCCGGGCAAUCGAUCAUCAGCCGAUUCGAUCUGUAAACCUUCUCAUUCCGAUCUGUUGUAUUCUGAUUCGAAAUCCCCCCGUUUGUUUUCAUAGUUUGUAAAGAGCUUUUAUUUCUAUAAGCCAUGGCCAGCUCUAAAUCACUAUGAUGACAACCAUCGGGCCCAUAGGGUUUUUCAUGUUUCUAGGGAACCAUCACAACCAAUUGCAUGGGUUUGAGCAAUGCCUGAGCUUCGCCGAGGUGUACGCAGAGGGCGCGCAGGGUUAGCGCCUAAGAAUAAACGACAAUCGGAGGAGCCUCCCGUCACCCCGGUUUGCGCGAGGACUCCCCGCGCCGCUGUUGCUAGAGAGGCUAAGAAGAGGCCGAGGACGAGAUUGCAGGCGAGGCGACUGAAGGAGAAGGAAGAGCAGGAGAAUAAUAACGGUAGGGAGGUAGACAACGACGAGGUAGCUGUGAUAUCGGAUAGAGAAGAAGAGAGCGAAGGGAAAGAAGAGAAUUUGGUUCCUGUUAUCGACCUUGAAGCAGAAGAAGGAGUUAGAGUUGGUGGGAUGGGUGACGAUAGUGGUGGCUUGAGUGCUAACAAUGCCGCUGGACAGGAAGAAGAGGGGACUACUGUUCCCUUCCCUGAAAGGGUUCAAGUGGGAGGGUCACCUAUGUACAAGAUAGAAAGGAAGUUGGGCAAAGGUGGAUUCGGUCAAGUGUUUGUUGGUCGUCGUCUCAGUGGUGGGAAUGACCGUGGUGGAAUGGGCCCUGGCGCCACAGAGGUGGCUGUGAAAUUUGAGCACCGAAACAGCAAAGGCUGUAACUAUGGCCCCCCUUACGAAUGGCAAGUUUACAACACUCUUGGUGGUAGCUAUGGGGUGCCUAGAGUGCACUUCAAAGGAAGGCAUGGAGACUAUUAUGUAAUGGUUAUGGACAUGUUAGGACCAAGUCUGUGGGAUGUUUGGAAUUCUUCUGGUCAAGCGAUGACUGCGGAAAUGGUAUCUUGUAUAGCUGUUGAAGCUCUUACUAUCCUAGACAAAAUGCACGCACGCGGUUAUGUGCAUGGAGAUGUAAAGCCAGAGAACUUUUUACUCGGUCAGCCUAAUACACCACAGGAGAAGAAACUGUUUCUUGUGGACUUGGGUUUAGCGACAAAGUGGAGAGACAGUGGCAGUGGGGAGCAUGUUGACUAUGACCAACGUCCUGACAUGUUUAGAGGGACUGUGCGAUAUGCUAGUGUUCAUGCUCACCUGGGAAGGACUGCUAGUCGGAGAGAUGACCUUGAAUCUCUGGCUUACACACUCAUUUUCCUACAUCGAGGCAGGUUGCCAUGGCAAGGCUAUCAGGGUGACAACAAGUCCUUUCUAGUUUCUAAAAAGAAAAUGGCAACAUCUCCAGAGAUGCUAUGCUGCUUUUGCCCACAACCUCUGAAACAAUUUCUCGAGAUUGUAGUCAAUUUGAAAUUUGAUGAGGAACCAAACUACUCCAAGCUUAUUUCUUUAUUUGAAGGCUUAUUAGGGCCAAACCCAGCUAUAAGGCCUAUAAACACAGAGGGCGCUCAAAAGAUCAUCUCUCAAGUUGGUCAGAAGCGUGGUAGGUUAAAUAUCGAGGAAGAUGAUGGGCAGCCACGGAAGAAGGUUCGCCUUGGAGUUCCUGCUACACAAUGGAUCUCAGUGUAUAAUGCUAGGCGGCCAAUGAAACAGAGGUACCAUUACAAUGUGGCCGAUGGAAGGUUGGCACAGCAUGUGGAUAGAGGAAUUGCAGAUGGUCUUCUUAUAAGUUGCGUGUCAUCGUGUUCCAAUCUUUGGGCAUUGAUUAUGGAUGCAGGAACUGGUUUUACUAGUCAGGUUUACGAACUGUCCCCUUUUUUCUUACACAAGGAGUGGAUUAUGGAACAAUGGGAGAAGAACUACUACAUUAGUUCAGUUGCUGGUGCGAAUAAUGGAAGCUCCCUAGUGGUCAUGUCUAAAGGGACUCAAUACACCCAACAGUCUUACAAAGUAAGCGAUUCAUUUCCCUUCAAGUGGAUCAACAAGAAAUGGAAAGAAGGAUUCCAUGUGACCUCAAUGGCCACUGCUGGUUCCCGCUGGGGUAUUGUCAUGUCUCGCAAUGCUGGCUUCAGUGAUCAGGUUGUGGAGCUUGAUUUUCUGUAUCCUAGUGAAGGCAUACACCGAAGGUGGGACGGUGGUUUCCGAAUCACUUCAACAGCAGCUACUUCCGAUCAAGCUGCUCUAAUUUUGAGUGUCCCUAGACGCAGACCUAAUGAUGAAACUCAGGAGACUUUGCGUACGUCUCAAUUCCCAAGUACACACGUGAAGGAAAAAUGGGCAAAGAACCUGUACUUGGCGUGCAUCUGCUAUGGGCGGACUGUUUCCUGAGAUCCUAAACCAGCUGCAUCUGCAAAUAAAAGAAAUUCGAGCAGGGCACUAUUGUUGUUGUUCGGAUGGUUUGCUGGAGCUCUCUUUCAUUUUGCGGUUGCAUUGCCAUGUAUAGAAUGAAGUAGGGAGUGUUGACGAGGCUGCUGCGAUGCAACGUUGGGGUUAUUGAAGGAGAGCAAGCUGUUUAGGUGUGCCGUUGCGCUGUAUGAAGGUGUUAUAUGUCAUUGUUCAAUUCGAGGACAUGUAAUUUUAGCUAUUGAAGACGAAUUAUUAUGCACCUUAUUGGUUUUUGUAUGCACUAAAUGUUCACUGGAGGUUGUGCUAAGCCAUGCUCCCGCAUUCACUCGAGUAAGAAAAAUUAUUGCUAUCUAUUGAAAUGUGAUCACCUAGUAUGAGCUUCCUUUCAUUUACAAAUUUGAAAUUUGCCUUUUCCCACCAUAAAGAACUUGAAAGGACAUAAAGCCGAAUCGAAUGA